AUGAUGUCUCCAGACAUACCAUUUACAAAUGAGAGUCCAUGUACAUUCAUGGGUGCCCUGGAAGACAAAGAUUUAUUAGACAGUUGGUAUAAAGCCUUGGAUGAUUGUUCUUUUAGUUUAAUCAAAAUUUUGAUCGAACAUAGACAAAAAUUAACUGACGAAUGCAGUCAGAAUAUUGAAAAGAUACAAAAAGAUCUAUUAUCACAUGUUAAUAACCCUGAAUAUAAAAAAAUUCUUAAAGAAAUUACUGACCGCACUGAUAAAUAUCAAGAUGACAUCGUCCAGAGUAAAAGCAAAAAAUUACAGAGGGACCAAAUAGAUUAUAAUAAUAACCAAGUUUAUACUUUCAAUAGAGUUGAAAAAGAAAAACUCACACUUUCUAAUAAUCCAAAUGAAGAAAACAAGGGACAAAGAAACUCCUAUACAUCACACAAAACAGAGGGUGAAAAUUGGACGACUGUUCAGAAUAAAAACUAUACAAGAGAACAAAACAGAACCUACAGGAAUACACAUAACAAUUACAAUGCUAAUUAUAGACCGCACUACAAUGAGAAUUACAGAUUCAAUUCCCCAAACCCCCGUAAUAACUAUGGACCUAGAACUCAUUACUCCAACACAAAUAGACAUUCCCAACAAUAUCCACAAGGGACAUAUCAGAGUCAAUUUCGUGAUAACCAUUCUAACACAUAUCAACAACAUUUUUCACCCCAGCAUGGCUUCAGGCCUCAUUCCAAUCAUCCUACUUCUCACAAUCAGGUUACAACAAAUUAUCAUACACAACAACCUAAUAGAACACUUCUGGAGAGACCCCAUGGGCAUAUACUCAAACCAAACAGUCCAUUAGAACACACAAAUAGAUUCAAUAUUUUAGCAUCUUUGCCAGAUGAAGAAAACACACCAGGCACCUCAUAUGAACAUUCCUCUUCUUUUUUAGAGAAUGGCCAAAAUCACAACAGACAUCCCUUUCCAAACAGCAACCUAAGUGUAGAAAAACAACGAAAAGACCGUACACUUCAGACCAAGAGGGUCUAG